UCAAGGUUUGUUAUGGUUCAUCACUGGGGACUGAGUCUCAAAAUUUCCUAGCCCCUUUCUUAUCGGGACCUGAUCUCACUCAUCAUGGUUCAUAUUUGUGCGGCUCCAGGAUGUCGCAUCGGAUUACGCAAGAACGGCGUGUUUGAAACCUCUCCCGGAAUAUCCAUGCACCGAUUUCCCCUGGACCCGCUGAUUUUUGCGAAAUGGGUGCAAGUUCUCUCCCAUCCUGAUUGGUCGCCCAAGACUCAAUCUCGUGUGUGCUCUCUUCACUUUCGCGAAUCUGAUUACAUCUAUGCUAGUCAGGAUCGACAAGUCCGACGAAAACGACGGAAUUUUCUCCAAGGCCGAAAUGGCCUGGAACGGAAAUUAAUGCGGCGGCGGCUCCGGAGUGAGGCGGUGCCCAGUAUUUUUGGAGAUGCAGUUCACGCUUGCAAAGAAGAAAGCAGAGUAGAUGAGCCGAAUGUGGACGCCUUGAGGCAAGAGGAUUUUGAAUGCUCUUUUGAUCAUUUGUUGGAAUUCUUGGACGAUGCCACUUGGCCGGAACAGGUGUCCGUGAUCAGGAAACCUCACGCUAUUGUCUUUAUGGGCACAGAGGACACGCCUAACGGGCGAUGUCGAGUUAUAUAUCAGUUGUCCGUGUUCCAGGAUUGCUCUUUCAAGAUGGAGGUGCAAAACACGGUGUGUAAUCAAUCGAUUGUGAGCGGUGUCACUCAUGGUAGAUGCAUUCGAUACCCCUCGGAAAUCACGGAUAUCCUGACUAUUCUCAAGGAAAAGGCCGAAAAUUAUUUUUCUCUCAAAAGCAAUGUGGAGUUGAUGGUGAGGGAGUUUCAACGAAAUUUGUCCCAGUUUGUGGUGGAGGAUGAAGCGAUGCAAUCCAAAAUUCAAGCUAUGCAGUAUCAGAUAUUUACCAUAAUGCCGCGUCAACCCCGCCCAGCUGCGCAAUCAAGCUCAAUAUCCGGCAGAGCUGGACCUUAUGAGGCCGAGGGAGAUUUGAGAUUAAUCUAACAAAGGCUCGUUUGUCAAUGGUAAAUGAUGAUAUUUUCGAAUGCAAGCCAACUCUCGAAUCGGUCAUCUCAUGAGAUAGCUCAAUGCUCAAAAGCACUAUCCUAUUGCAGUUCUGAUGAAAUAGAAAUAUGGAUGUUAACAA